AUGAGGGUCGUACAGGCACGAACUCGUAACUGGAGAAAGGACGGCACAAGCCGUAAGAAGGCCAUUAAAGAAGAAGUAGAGGACGUGGAAAUGGAUGACGACAAAUGCAACGCGGCGUCCGGCGCGGAGGGCGGAGGCGGCGGGCUGUACUUCCCGCUGGCGGAGCUGGCGCUGCGCGUGCCCCCGCAGGUGCCGGCCGGCGCGCUGCUUCUGCGCGUGCGCGCCCUGCGCCGCGACGGCCCCGCCUCCUCCUCCUCCUCCUCGUCCUCGCCCGCCGCCGCCCCCGGGCCCUCGCCCACCGCCGCAGCCUCCGCCGCUGCGCCCACCGCUGGCGCUGCGGGUGGCGGCGCUGGGUCGGAGCCCGCGCCCGGACAGGUGGCAUACAGCUUGCGCCAGCCGGCUGCAGACGGUACAGUGCUUUCAGUCAGCUCCAGCUCCGGGGAACUGCGUCUGGCUGACGGCGUGGCCCGGAAAGAUGGAGAAUGGCAGACAAAUGUUCUACUUCUUGCCACUGAACCUGGCGUUCCAUCAGCUGAACUUCGGCUCAACGUCACGUUGUUGCCCUCAGAUGGGAAAACCCUUGACUGUGACAGUCUCACACAGGAACUUUGCUUCUGGCCUGCAGCACUUUACGCGAUACCUGAAAAUCGUCCAUCAUCUCUUCUAGGACCUCUGGGUCCUCCUUAUUUAUCUGAGCUUUGCCCUCAACAUAACCUCUCUUACACCUUAGGCAAUGGACCUGCUUUAUCCUUUACCGAUGCAGAUACUUUGGAACCCAACAGUUACACUUUUACAGUUUUGAAUGAUGAUGCAGGGUUGUUUCUACUUCCUGAAUGUGCUCAGGAUCAAGCAGAACACUUGGGCAGAGAGCGAACAGCAAUCGCUUGCCGUUUGGAGGUUGCAAAAACAGCUAACCCCCCUGAAGGUAGAGACCCAUAUUCUAUUGUGAUGCAAGCAAAUGACACUUCCUUGGCACCUGGUGUUGCCCCUGUUAGUCAUGUGGAUGUAAUGAUAAAUGUUCACUCAGGAGCUGCACCCACAACAGAACCGACAAUGAUGAUGAAAAUGAAAAUGAUUUCUACGACCUCUAUGAUGAUGAAUCAAAUGUCUACCUCAGACAUGAUGACAAUGGAGUCAUCGAUGAUGACCACAGAUAUGUCUUCGAUGAUGCCUUUACUUCCUAUGCCUGAAUACCCUUCAAAGGCAAAGGUGCUGAGAAGUGCAACAGCUUAUGCUCGCGUGGUACAGCCAGAUGGUCCCUUAGCUGCAGCAGCAGAUGUCACAGCUUCUGGGCAACCUGCAUUGAGAUUUUGGAUACCACAAAAGGAAGAGCAUCACCCAUUGGAUGUCACACAAAGAGGUGGUAUUGUGUACGUGAGUGAUGCCACGGCUCUUCGAUCUGCUCCAGGAACUAUCAUGCUGGAGAUUAUGUGGAAUAGCACUAGUGGUGGUGGCAGAGGUGGCUCUGCCAAAAUUGAGAUAACACUAGACAAUUCUUCGUCAACAGAAUGCUCUCCUAAAAUGAAAAAGAGCAAAGAUACAAUGAUGAAAAAUGUCACAUCCAAGGAUUCCAUGGGGAAAGAUGAAAUGAACAGUACAAAAAUAAUGGAUAUGAAAGGUAUGGGAGGGAAAGAAAUGAAAAAUGACUCAAUGAAGGAUGAUCCCAUGAAGAACAAUUCGAUGGCAAAAGAUUCAAUGGGAGAAAAUUCCAUGACCAAAGGUUCUGUAGAGGACAUGAUGCCUAUGGACAAUAUGGAUAUGCCCCCUACUUGUGCUUCCAGAGGAACUAUGAAAUCCUGUGUUUCACUCUGUGGACUUGGUACUGGAGCAAAAGGAGGCCAAAAUUCUGCCUCUCGAGGGGGCUGUGCAUGGCGCAGUCGAAAAUCUGGAGCUGGCACACCAUCCCAACAAUAUGCUACUUGUUCACCUGAUAUUGCUACAUGUCCUGAUGGUGUAUGUGACCCUUUGGAGGAUAUGCAUCCUGGUCUUUGCCCUCAGGAUUGUAGCAUGAUGGAGUCAACAAGUGCCAAUGCAACUCGAGGUAUUGUUGGUGGUUCAGGGGUUUGUACCUGUGAUGCUACGGCUCGUUGCUCUUGUAUGUCUGCAACAAAACCACCCCAACACCCUUCUACAUCUGCCCCCAUGAUGCAGUCAACAGUAGCUGCAGCACCACUCAAUACAGAUUGUCCCAACAAAGGAGGCAGUCCUUCUUGUGGUGGACUUUGUCAACUAUUUCUGAUCCUGGUGAGCUUGUUAAUAAUUGCUGGUGUAAUUGCUAUUCUCUUGUGGCGAUACAAGAAGCGGCAUGGGUCCCUGUCUUGUCCCUCAUGUCCUGCAUGCCCUCCUUUACCAUGUACCUGUCCUCCAAGAUUCUGUCAAGAUUGCGCCUGCAAGAAUGAUGCCCUCUUCUCAUGGCUUCCCAAACGUCUGCAAAGGCCUCCACCUCCAGCAGUGGCACCAACCCCAACAUCACGUGUUUCUUCAGAGUUUGAGCAUUCUGGCCUUCAGUCUGUGGAUGCACAUCUGUUGCCAUAUGGAUACAUGGCUCCUUUGGGACAGCUGCACCCGAUGCAUAAGUGACGUCCGGGCUCGCCGCCGCUCAGUGGGUGUACAAACCCUCCGUUGCCCUUCUUAGGCCCUUUUUAGCCUGGUCUUGGGCUUCCGUCCUUACUAUGAAAAUUAUAGUGACUUAUCAACAAUUUGACAUAAAGUCAGGAGCCUGGACUUUCAAUUCAAUUUCACUUUGUAUGAUGAAAAGUAAUCAUUGGCAUAUUGGGACCUGCAAAACAACAUGUGUUGAGAGCUUUUGGUGAAAGGUUUAAAUAUUUGCCUUUUGUCUCGUUAGUGAAACUUCUAUGACAGUACAUACUUCACAUGUACAACAGAAUAAUUGUUUUUUAACUGAGCUAAAAUGUUUACUGGCAUUUUGAUUGUGUAAUGUCUAGGGCAAAAUAAAAUGAACAAAAUGAAGAUGAAUCAUUUGACCAAUUUUUAAUAGAUGAUUUGUCUUUAGGAAUGAAGGAAAUCAAAAGCAAAAUGUGUUUACUUGUAAUGCACUUUGAUAUUCAACGAUCUCAAUUUUGUAUUAUGGUACCCUAAGUUAUGAGUGACUGAGUAGAGAAAUCUUCUAAUUUAUAAAAUUAUUUAAUAAUUGUAAAAAGAAAGUUCGCCUUGCACAUAUGAAAUUCAGCAAGGUUAUUUGCAUUAUAUUUUACCCUUUUUUACUUUUUUGAUUUAUGAAGAGUGAUUUCAAUGAUACAGAAAAUGUUUCCUCCUUAUUGAGAUAUUUGUGAACUCAUAAUCAAUCUGUUUUGAUCCAAAAUUCAUGAGAACAGACCAUAACUAUUCACUUUUAUAAUUUUCACAUUAAAGAGAAAUGGAAAAUUUUAUACUAAAAUUGCAUUUACGAUUUUUCAUCCAUAAGAGUAUUUUUAAUGAAUCUAAAAACUACUGUGGAAGUUCAUUUUCCCCACUAUGCAAAGAGAAAAUGAACAACGUAAGUACUCUGAAAGAUUAUCACAAAUCUCACUUGCGUGCUCUUUUUUAUUAACAUAAAAUAUUUAUUAAAAACAAUUAAUGUCUGUCAUGAAACCCUAUAUUGUUACAGACAGAUAUACUAUUUUAUUUUUUGAAUUUCAAAUUAGAAAAUCAACGAAGAUUUGAGGUGACUUUCAGAAUGGAUUAUUCAAGACAAACAAAAUACAUUGGAAUUAUAAGUAAAUAUUUAUUUACCAUCAGAAUAAAGUGAAUCAAAAAUGUCCCCAAAACAAAAUGAAAUAAAUAUCUUCUCUAAUAAAUAUGUAUUUUAAUAUCAUGCAACCUGCAAGAAGAAUUAUUUUUCAGUAACACAUUCCUUUAAAUUUAGAAUUGUCUUAAAUUUGGGAAUAAGAACUUUGGUGAUGUUAAAUAUCCCUGUCAAAGUAUGUAAGGAGCUUCUGUAAAAUUUCUUAAAUGUAAUUCAGCAUUGAGAAAGCAAUAAGUAUUUGCAAUUAACUUUAACAUUGCAAUGUCUUCUUUAAACUUUGGUCUUCUCGAAAAUGAUUCCAGAUUGUUAAGACUUUUUAAUUUUGUUUACAAUACUACCCACUUGGUUCUUUUUCACAUGUCAAUUUUUCCUUGGAUUUUAUGUCAAUCAGUUUUAUGAUUCGCUCAGUAAGAAGGAUUUUUGUACAAACUAUUAGUAUCUUCGCCAAUGGUUAAUUCAUAGAUAUCUUUACUCAUGUAGUCUUUUUUGAGCUACAAUUAUUACCUAUCAUACAUUUGGGAGUUACUCAUUGUCUUCAAUAUUCUUCUUACAAAGAUAUGCUCUAGAUAAACAUUCCACUGUUGAGUCGUCCAUGUUUAAUAGUACACAAUUUACACAUAUAUCACUCAAAAUUUAGAAUAGGUAUGAGUGCCUUGACUAAAAUAAUUUCCCAGAGGCAAUGUAUUUUUGUUGAAUUCAGAGUAUGGUAUUUGAAAAAUUUUUAGUGCUGAUGACAUGUACUGAAUAAUUACAUCAAUAUGUUUCAAUGUUGCAAAAUCCCUGGUAUUGCAAGUUCAUUGUGUGCCCAAAGGGUUUUGUAAUAAGUGUAUACUCACCUUUGCAAUUUAUAAACAUUUGACUAUACAUAAAAGCCCAUGAUUUAGAGAGUCGCCUAAAGAUUUGAAACUUCUGCUAAAUAUGUUUUCCUUAAUGAAAAAAAUUAAACAAUGUAAUAAAAAUGAAAAUAUUAGAACUUACAUAUCAUUCUUUCGGUAUGUAAUAUAAUUAAUUGGGAGCAUUUUCUACAUGGUCCAAAUAAAAAUACUUUCCAUUUUCUUAUGCUAAUUCCCAUGAGUGCCUCAACAAAAAUUGAGGGGGAACAUCAAAGGAACUAUGUAGUCCUGCAGAAUUUUAGUUCAAGUUGCAAUUUUUUAUUGAUUUAUCAAAGUAGCAAGGUGUAUACAGUUGAUUAAAAAAGGCUAAAUUAAGUCACAACUUUUCAUUAAUUCAAUAAUAUACUUUGACAGUUCACAGUGAUUAUGGAGACAAUUGUGGCAGCAGUUAGAGUAGAAGUGGGGGUAAGCAACGGAGGGGUAACUCGUCACCAGCGGGUUUGAAAAUCUCUUCAUAAUAUUCCUUUCAUAAAUAUUUUUUUCUUAAGACAAUACUUAUAAAAAGAAUAUUGUGAUCAGUUUAUUAAAUAUUAUGAACCUUUUUGACAGUUUUGUCUUCUUGAUUAAUGGCAGGAGACAAAGAAUGUUUGUAUAUUUAUAUUUUAUUUAUGUCAGUUAACAAUACAUGGCUUCUGCAUUGGCAUAUUUAAAUAAUCAAUUUUAUCUGUUUCUUUAGUUGAACUAUAAGAUGACUAUGAACUAUAAGAUGACUGUAUAAAGCAAUAAUGUAUACUAUUUGAUACAUCGUAUUUCCAUUUCAUGAUCUGAAUGCCAAGUGACUCUAUAUGAAUAUCAUCAUUCUGUGUUAUACUGAAAGUGUCUUUUCAUUGAGUCACAUUUUCAUUUUCCCUGAAUACAUUUAUAUAUGCCUUACAUUAAGUAAUGAUUUCUAAAGAAUGUCCUUGGGGUUCCUGCGAGACCCCCAUGGUAUUUUCUGUAAAUUUUAUCAGAACAAAAUGCUUGUUUUUGUUUGAUAAUAUUGCACUUCUAAAAAGGGUAACACAAUUUAAUAUUUUUCCUGCUGAUUAUCAGAUGCCGAUUAAAAGGAUUUUUUAAGUUCCAGUCAGAAAAAAAUUGUCAAAACGUAAAAUUGGAAAUGGGGUCUCGAAAUGACCCCUGUAGUAUUUUUCAUUCCAGCAAGACCGUGGUACUCGGAGGGUUAAGAUGGUUCAUCAUUAAGGGGAAGCUGUGGGACCAGAGAUAUCAUAGUAUACAAAAGAUACAAGCAUGAUGCAUUUUGACCUUAAUUAAUUCCUUGGGUACACAAUGGAACUAAAAAAAAUUAUAGCAUUUGAAUAUUAACAUUGAUUUACCUAUCUCUGCAUGACAAAAACUGUACUACUAGAAAGUGUGUAGUGAAUGAAUCUUGCUAAGUAGGCAAAAGAGAAGUAGAAGAUAUGAGUGAUGUGUUGCAAUACUGUGAAUAAUAGUGUGGAGUAAGAUGCUUUAUUUUAGUAUGAAAAGCAAUAUGUAUUUUAUGUAUUUGUUAAGUAAAAAUAAUAAAGUAUUGUAUCUAUGUACACAAAUUUAAUUGUCUGCUGUUAUAAAUGUAUUUUAUUGAUUAAUAGCUGUUAGUACAAACUAUUGUGAAAUCAACAUCUUUUAUGAAUUUUUCACAUUUUUUAAUCAUGAAACCAUUAC